AUGUUAAACAUGAAACAUAUAGGUAUCGUUGAUAUUACAACAGUUGGUGCAUGCUUAUGUGCAAACGAAAUUGUGGCACAAGCGGCGGAACAAGAUUCAUCGGGAAAACAUCCCGAAUUCACAAUGCACGCAUUUUCGUUUGAUCAAUACAAGGAUUUAGUGGAUAGAAAAGACUGGGAUAAUUUGGCCAAGAAAAUAUGCGAAUCAAUUAAAGUACUUCAAAACGCUGGCGCUGAUUUUAUAAUUAUUCCAUCGAAUAGUCCACAUUUCUCAAUAAGUCAAAUUAUCGAGAACUCACAAUUGCAUGUUGUGAACUUAAUUGAAGUUGUGGUUGAUGAAUGUAGUAGAAAUGGUUAUUCCAAAGUUUUGGUCCUUGGAACUAAACUUACAAUGCAAGGAGGACUAUAUAAACAACCUCUACAAUCGAAGAACAUCCUUUCUGCUAUUCCUAAUGAUGAAAUGUGUGAUAAAAUUGAACAUUUAAUAAGGAAUGAACUUAUUCCAUCAAAGAUAAAUUCAAGUACAGUGCAAAAUAUUCAGGAGUAUAUCCAGAACUACGAUUGUGAUGCGGUAAUUCUUGGAUGUACAGAACUACCUGUAGUAUACAACAAAGAGAAUCUUGGUAAAGAUGUUAUCGACACAACUCGUUUACUUGCUCACUAUGCUUUACGUUUCUCAAAGGGAGAACUUGUCUCCAACGAUCUAUCAAAUAAUUAA